CUUGGCUGGUGCUCUUCCUCCUGCUGCCGCCGAUUCGGGUGCCGCCGCCGCCGCCUCUUCUCGUGGCCAGACAGGGGAGAAAAACGAAAAUGGCGGAUUUAGAGGAUCAGCUCUCUGAUGAGGAGAAGGUGCGUGUAGCCGCAAAAUUCAUUAUCCAUGCUCCCCCAGGGGAAUUCAAUGAGGUCUUUAAUGAUGUUCGAUUGCUGCUGAAUAACGAUAAUCUUCUCAGGGAAGGAGCAGCUCAUGCAUUUGCACAGUAUAACUUGGACCAGUUUACCCCAGUAAAAAUAGAAGGUUAUGAUGAACAGGUUUUAAUAACGGAACAUGGUGAUUUGGGCAAUGGAAAAUUUUUGGACCCAAAAAACAAGAUCUCUUUUAAAUUUGAUCAUUUAAGAAAGGAGGCUACUGAUCCAAAACCUCAUGAAGUUGAAAACGCAAUAGAGUCAUGGAGGAACUCCAUAGAAACUGCCAUGAGAGCAUAUGUGAAAGAACACUACCCAAAUGGUGUCUGCACAGUAUAUGGAAAAACAAUUGAUGGACAUCAAACAAUUAUUGCAUGCAUAGAAAGCCAUCAGUUUCAAGCAAAAAACUUUUGGAAUGGUCGUUGGCGAUCAGAAUGGAAGUUUACAAUCACCCCUUCAACCACUCAGGUGGUUGGUAUCUUGAAAAUUCAGGUUCAUUAUUAUGAAGAUGGAAAUGUUCAACUAGUGAGUCAUAAAGACAUUCAGGAUUCUCUAACAGUGACUAAUGAAGCCCAAACGGCAAAGGAAUUUGUAAAGAUUGUAGAGGCCGCAGAAAAUGAAUACCAGACUGCUAUCAGUGAAAAUUAUCAAACUAUGUCGGACACUACUUUCAAGGCCUUACGCCGACAACUGCCAGUUACUCGCACAAAGAUUGACUGGAACAAGAUUCUUAGCUACAAGAUUGGGAAAGAAAUGCAGAAUGCCUAAAAUGAAGGUUGCAAAGCUGGAUCAUUUUGGUGUCCUUGUAUACAAAAUAAAGUUAUUACAAAGGUAUUGAGAAUUAAGUCACCCAAUCAGCAUGGGCAUUUGCCAUUGAAAAUCACUGUAAGUAGUUUGGUUAGAUCACAAGGCUUAGCUAAUUGACCAUUUUUCUUUGUCCUUUUGUUUCUCCUUUAAACAGUUAUAAAAAUCAGUGUAGCUGAAAAUGUUGAGAGCUUCUGAUAUAUUUAGACUUUUUUAUAAUGAUGACAUGCCUAUAGUUUUCAGUUAAAUUAAAAACAUUUUGAAAAAUAUUUUUGCAUAAGAUUAUCCCAUGUUGCUUGCAUUCAUGCAAAAUGGCAGCUUCUAGAACACAAUUUCCUGGAAGAGGUUGUUACUGGACAACACCAGUUUGACAUUCAGCAUGGAUUUUAGCCAUGUGUAUCAUUGUAGGAAUAAUCUAUCCCUCCACUGUAUGAAAGCAUGGGGAAAGCAUUUCUAUAUCCAACCCUUUUCAGUUACUUAGCUAGCUUGGUGUUAACUUAACUUUUUUUUUUAAGGCCAAGGUCUAAUGCUGUUUUUAAGGUGUUGAAAUUAAACAGUAGUGCUUAUUUUCAAAAUGCAUUUAGUGCUCUAUUCCUGACAGCUACUCAGAUGAGUUUGGAUUCCAUCAGUCUUCAAGUUAUUUUUACCACACAGCCAUAAUUGUAUUAUAACAAGGCAUAUUGUAAUAUAUAUAUAAUCCUGUACUCAUUACUGUGUCUGUCAGUUUAUUUUUUUCUUGGAUUGAAAUGUACUAAAAUUCAAUGUGACAUUAAAAAUGCAAAUUUUCUAUUUA